CUUGUCGGAAGAUCAUAAUCAGUUUAAGCAAAAGAAGAGAGAGAGACUUCUCUUGUAACGAGGAGAGACUAAGAAGAAUAUUGGUGCUAUAGCUGGCUAUAGCUUAAAGAGACGAGCAGGUUCUCGUCCCUAUACACGAGCUGGUCUCGCUGUCUUUCAUCCAGUUGAUCUGGACCAUAGCUGAAGGAGAGCUGGUCUCUCAAAAACUUCAAAUCUACGAUUUUACAAGCUGUGCUUGGAUUUAGACAAUAAAAAACAAAAGACUAAAGUUAUCUGUCCUUCUACCAGUAGCAGUAAUGGCAGUUGCCGUACAUCAAGUGCACACUAGACCAGUCGGCCACCCGUACGGGCCAAUACAGCAGCAAGUCCAGUCUGGAGCUUUGUUCGGAUACACUGGAGGGAGUAGGUAUUAUUCCUUCAAUGGAGCUAGUCCCAGUCCACCCCCUGAGGCUAAUGGCUACUAUCAUGAUCUUGAUGAAGAUGCUUUCCAUUCUGACGAGGAGCUACAAAAGACUCAACAAGAAAUGGAGUGUUAUCUUGGCGGACGUCCUGCUAGUUCCACCAGUUCCGUUCUAACUCCUCCUCCUCCAGUGUCGAGUCUUGAUGAGAUAUUUCGUGACAUUGAUAUACCCAAUGGAGGACCUGUCAUCAAAUCUGAAUACAACGCCCAUAGCAGCUGCAAAAUGGCCGCCUCAUUAGAGAGUGUGAAGAUAAAGACAGAGCAGCAGCAACAGUAUUAUCAUGAUGUCAAGUAUCAGCAGCAGCAGUACAUUGUUGGAGGCCAUUACCCUCCUCCUCCUCCCCCUGCCAACACUACCGUUAACAUUAACCUCAACUACAGUGCGGCCAUGUACUCUACCACUGCACCAUUGACCCAUUAUCCAAUGUCCCCCCCUAGUUCUAACCCAUCAUCCCCUAAAGAUGGACAGUACCCUGGUCCACUGGUCGGUCUGCAGCCUGCCCCUGCAGCUACCUCUUAUGCCGCUCCCUUUGACGUCAUGAGUGCUGUCUAUUACUACUCCAAGCCCCCCCAGAGGAACAAGAGGGUCCAUAGGUGCAGCUACCCCGGCUGUAACAAGGUCUAUACCAAGUCCUCUCACCUGAAGGCCCACCAGAGGACACACACUGGGGAGAAGCCCUACAAGUGCACCUGGGAGGGUUGCAAUUGGAAAUUUGCUAGAUCAGAUGAGCUCACCCGCCACUACAGGAAGCAUACUGGAGUGAAGCCAUUCAAGUGCCCUCAUUGCGAUAGGGCUUUCGCUAGAUCGGAUCACCUUGCUCUUCAUCUGAAGCGACAUCAAUGAAUGAAUAAUGGAUAAUACCAUAUAUGGAGUAAUGAAGUGAUUAAUGUAAGGACUCUCUCUUUCUCUCUCUGUCACUUACCUUCUUUCCAAGUAUUUAGCAAUUAAUGACCUCUACCAUUCCAUUCCACACACACAAUUUAUGCUUAACACUCUUUCUCUCAAUACAAUACAUUAUUAUUAUUAUUAUUAUUAUUAUUAUUAUUAUUAUUAAUUUGUUAAUUUUUGUGUGAAUAUUUCUGCUCCAUACUGGCUCUAUGGA